UAAGUAGUGCGAGUCGCGCCGAGAACAUCAACAAGAGAUAAACAGCAGAAGCAACUUUCGUAAUUUUUUAAAAAUCUCUUUCUCGUUAUCCUCUGCAGGACUGACAAGUUAUCCCUUCCUCGCUAGAAUGAGCUUAAUUAGGAGGUCUUACUCGCACCUACUUCAUAAGUAUCCAAUGGCUGUUCAGUCAAUACAAGCAGGCAUACUUAUGGGAGCAGGAGAUGUCAUUUCACAGUUUGCCGUUGAAAAAAAAUCUACGAGUCAGUACGAAUGGCAACGUACAGUUCGCUUCUUAGGCCUUGGCACUUUCUUUGUGGGUCCAACAUUGAAGGUAUGGUAUGGCAUACUAGAUCGCAGAAUUGGUUCAGGGUCGACUGUGAGGGCCCUGAAGAAAGUGGCCUUUGAUCAGGGCAUCUUCGCACCUUGCUUCCUGGGGUCGUUCCUGACCGUACUGGGUGUCACGCAGGGGAAUAGUCCGCAGAAGAUAAAAGAAGAGAUUAAGAAUAACUAUGUGGAUAUUAUAUUGACUAACUGGACUGUUUGGCCAGCUGUGCAGAUCUGCAACUUUGCCUUCGUCCCUUUGCAACACCAAGUUCUUAUUGUGCAGAUAUUUGCACUCUUCUGGAACACUUAUUUAGCCUGGAAGACAAAUGCAGGAGCAAAAGAGGAGAUUAAGUUAUCAGAGGAUUGAUUUUUAUUUUAAUAUAAAGCCAUAAACUGGAAAUGUCAAAUGUCCAUUUAAAGCUGUUGUUUUAUUUUUUGAAUUGUAUCAAAAUAUAAUGCUAACAAGGUCUAUUUUUAAACUAAUUUGCUUAGCUCUUAUUGUUUUGUUUGAUAAUGUGUACACAGUAUACUGUUUAAUAUCUAAAGAUAAGAUGAUUUUCAAAUCUGCUCAAAUAUUCAGGGAAAAUUCAUCUUCGUAUAAUAAGGCAUUAAGUCAUGUGUGCUCUCUGUCAAGUGCCAUAUUUCAUCAAAUGUUUAUGGUGUGCUCUUAUCUGGUAUCCUGUACAUUUUAUCCAUCCAUAUGUUAACUUCUCAGCCACUAAAGAAUUGUUGCAUCACAGUUCAUUUUUUAUCCAGAAUAUUUAUGUGUUGGUAGACAUAAAUGGAGUAAGAAUAUUGUCACAAGAGUAAUUAUCUGUUGGGUCGUUUAUGCUGUUGUGUCACAUUUCCUAUGGUGUGGGUCUAGUCCUUGUUUUGCUCAAUGUAGAAGGUGGGCAAGGUUGUCUUUGUUAUUGCAGAAUUGUGUGUGUUAAUUUAGGCUGCUAUUCUGUGUCUUCUGUUUUGGGUUCGAUAAAUGAGUUGCGUAAGUUUUUUUUUGUUUCCAAUAUGCAUUUGUUAGUGAUUUUUAUUAUUUUUAUAUCAUGUGUGUGUGUAAGAUUAACACAUUUGUGAUGAAUGAAUUUGUUGUAUAAAAGAAAUUUACAUGAAGUAUAUGUAGAAUAUAUAUUUUUCUUGUAAAUUAUAAAUCGCA